AUGUACCUCCGAAAACCGGUCGGAGACCUUCACGGCGACUACCCUAGCGCGAGCAAAGUCUUACAAUUCUCUGGUGUCACAGACGAAAAUGAUGACUGGGCAGGGGGCGUAGACUUUUUUGUUCAGACUGGGGACAUCAUCGACCGAGGUGACGACACUAUACCACUUUUCGAGCUGAUGGAUAAACUCCGAGAGCAAGCACCCGCAAAAGGUGGUACUGUGCUUUCGCAUCUUGGAAACCAUGAAUGGAUGAAUGUAAUAGGCGACUGGAGAUACGUAUAUCCCAGUGAGAUCGAGACAUUUGGCACCGUCGAGAACCGGCAAGAAAUUCUCUCCACUGGCUGGCUAGGACGUUCUUGGGCGGCAAACUACACUACAGCCUCUCGACUUCCCCUUCAUCCUGCUUUGGGUCCCCCAAACACACCGUACCCUCCAAGUUCCUCUGAAGCCUCUGAUUCGCUCUCUCAUUCUGCGAUAUCUUUUGUCCAUGGCGGUCUAUCCCCGACAUACCACGGUCUAUCCCCAUUCCCCUCAUACAUCAACUCCCUCUCUGAUUCUCUCUUGAGAAAGCUUCAAUUUCGAGUACAGCCUAAACCGCACCCGCCCGGUCCGUAUGUCGGACUCCCUGCUGGUACCACUCCUGAGGAGGCAGAGCUCUAUAGUGCGAACGGUCCUUUGUGGUAUCGGGGCUGGGCGACUGGAACAGAGAAACAAGUCUGCAAGGAUGUCGAGGCUGUCCUUGAGAAGACCGGAACUCGUAGGAUGAUUAUGGGACAUACACCAGACUUUGAAAAUAUCAAGUCCCGUUGUGGCGGCAAGAUUAUCAUCAUCGACACCGGCAUUUCUCGCGCAUAUGGUGGCGCUCUUUCGGCUCUGUCCAUUCACUAUACACUCGAACCGAUCGGAACGGCGGAUGAUCCCGAGAAGCAGCAGUGGGAAGAACGUGAAAUAGUGGAAGCCUUGUACGCCGACAGAAAAGAACUCAUCUCAGAUGACAGAAGAGAAAUUGCUGGCGAUUUCCACUUGCGGUGAUAUUUAUUCGGAACAGUGUAUAUGUAAGUUAUAACCCUGAGUAGUAUAGCUAUGACUGCAUUCAUUUAUUUAGACGUGAGAAUAUUAAGAGUUCAAGGUUGUUCAUUUGUCUGCUCGGCAAUUGCCAC